AUCUUCAGUGUCUUAUGUGUCAAUGUACCAACAUGGUCGACCAACUCAACCACCUACAAGUGUAACUGUGCCACUGGACAAUGUGGAGGUCAGACACCAUGUCCAGAUGGUCAGUGUUCUACAUGGUGGUUUGGUCCUGCCUGCCAGUACCAAAAUCUCCUAAACGAGAACUACACAACAGGUGCAGAUAAAAAGUUAUACGAUGGCAAAGACGACACGUGUGUUAGUGUAACGGGCUCGCUUGAUAUAACAUUUAAAACAUCCUACCUGUUAACAUGGUUACGGUUUACUGUUAAAGAAGGAGGCAGUAACAAAGACAACUUUAGCCUAACGUUCAAGAACAACACACCCGACUGGACAAUUCCAUGCAACAAACUAAACACCAACGUAGUCAACAACAGGACAACGGACGUCUGGUGUAAUAUGAACCAAACAACAAAUGCUCUCAAGUUGACAUGGGACAAACCCAUCACAAUUUGUUCGCUCUAUAUCAGUGGAGGUCGCAACCUUGCAUUUUAUCAGCCUACAGCACAAUCUUCAACUUAUCAAGAAAAGGGCAUAAUAUUUGUUGCUGCAAUGGCUGUAGAUGGUGACAUAGAUGGGGUCUUUACACACAAUUCUUGUUCGCACACAUCAGAAAGUGAGAAGGAUGGAGCUCCAUAUUGGAACAUUACGUUGUCAGAGACCUAUUAUAUUAACAGAUGCGUUCUUUACAACAGAUGGGAUCCCAACGCAUAUCGACUUCGGCAGUUUAAACUUGAAAUGUUUGACGACAAGAGUAAGGUGAUAGCUGAGCACCAGGACAGAUCAAAUGAUGACCAACCACUUUAUGCUGUAACUACCCCAACAAUCUUGGUCAAGUCUUUAAAAGUCACUGCAACAUAUAAAACAGAAAACAACGGAAUUUUCGUUACAUUGUGUGAAUUCGAAAUAUACGGAGAUUCUAACUGUGAUCCCGGCAAGUUUGGCCUAGAAUGUGAGAAGACUUGUAACUGUGCUACAGACGAGGCUUGUUUUGUUGCUACUGGAGGAUGUCCUUCUGGCUGUAAGGCUGGAUACUAUGGGGAGGCUUGUGAGAAGGCCUGUGAGCCACACACCUGGGGCAUCAGCUGUAACCAAAGCUGUAAAGACCGUUGUAUAGACAACACCUGUAACAGGUUUAAUGGAGACUGUGAUAAAGGAUGUAAAGACGCUCAUCAGCCGCCGGCUUGCACAGAGGUUUGCAAUGCUACGUAUUACGGCACCAAUUGCUCACAAAGAUGUAGUCCCAACUGUACCAACAGCCUAUGUCAACCUGAAAGUGGUCAUUGUUUGUCUUGUUAUGCUGGCAGUGAGGGGGAUUUCUGUGAUAAGCCUUGUCAAGCGACGUAUUACGGCACCAACUGCUCACAAAGAUGUAGUCCCAACUGUACCAACAGCCUAUGUCAUCCUAUCAAUGGUCAUUGUUUGUCUUGUCAGGAUGGCAGUGAGGGGGAUUUCUGUGAUCAGGCUUGCCAUGAGACGUAUUACGGCACCAAUUGCUCACAAAAAUGUAGUCCCAACUGUACCAACAGCCUAUGUCAUCCUGUCAAUGGUCAUUGUUUGUCUUGUGAUGCUGGCAGUGAGGGGGAUUUUUGUGAUCGGCCCUGUGAGAACAACACUUGGGGCUUUAACUGCAGCCAUCCCUGCAACCAGUACUGUCAACCCUCCAACAUAACAGCCCUAUGUGAUGCUGAAACUGGUGUAUGUCUACAUGGAUGUAUGGGACAGAUGGAUGGAGAUGUGUGCACCAACAAAACUGUUGCUGUAGCCCAACACGAUCCAACAGAUGGCGAUGUUCCUGUCGUGGCUAUAGUUGUACCUGUUGUAUGUGGGGUAGUUAUCGGUACCCUCGUUGUUAUCAUUGCUGUUUGGUAUUGCAGAAAGAAAACGCCAAAGGAUUUAGGCCUAGAUGCAUCAAGCAGUGACGAUAUUCUAGAUAGAACCUCCUUUGCGUCAUCAAAAGUAUUAGAACAAGACUCGCCUGGUGACCGAGUCUACUACAACGACGUACACGAACUUGAGACCAGCAGCACCUCUAUAGCAGUUACAGAUUUAAAUACUUUCCUCAUCAGCCACGAUAAAGUUUUCUUUGUUGAACAGUUUGGGAACAUACCAGUGCAACAGAACGUCACCACUGAUGUUGCCAUGAAAAGUGAAAACAAACCAAAGAACAGAUACAAAAAUAUUUGCGCGUAUGACCAUUCACGUGUUCAUCUUGAAAUCAACACAGACAAGAAGGAAGGAGAUUACAUCAACGCUUCUUACAUUGAUGGUUACCAGAAUAAGGAGAAAUUCAUUGCAUCACAAGGUCCAAGCUCCGUGAUUUUAAAUGAUUUUAUAAGAAUGAUAUGGGAACAAAAGGUUGAAAAAGUUGUCAUGUUGACAAACUUGGUUGAAGAAGGAAAGUUGAAGUGUGAGCGCUACUGGCCUGAAGAAGGGGACUGUACAUUUGGAGAUAUAACGGUCAUUCUUCUGUCUACUGAGGGUUUUGCUGACUACACCAUUAGAAAGCUGAAGUUUGUAAAAAAAACCAAACCAGCCCAGUAUGUGACACAUUUCCAUUUCACCUCAUGGCCAGACAAAGGUGUGCCAACAACUCCAUGGAGUCUUGUAGAUUUUAAGCAAAAAGUUUCUGCACGAAAUUCGAAUAGACCAAUCCUUGUUCACUGUAGUGCAGGUGUUGGUAGGACAGGUACAUUCAUUGCCUUACGAAACUCAAUACAACAAGCGGUAGACACUGGAAAAAUUGAUUGCUUUAAAACAUUGAAAAAACUCAGAGAAGAUCGGAUUUUAAUGAUUCAAACCUCUGAACAAUACGAAUUUCUUCAUAAAGCAUUAGCUGCUGCACUGAUGUGUUUGGAUAAAACAAUAUCAAACAAAAACACAGCAGGCACCAUUGAAAAGAUGAACUGGAAUACAAUUACAGGACAAAGCAGAUUAUCAAAAGAGUUUAAGGAUUUGUGCACUGUUGUGGACGUUUUACAAAAGAAUGAAACUACAGAAGAGGAACUGGAAGAGAAUUAUGCUCAGAGCAUUUAUCAGAAUAAUCUAGAUGUAGCACAUGAUCUAAAGAACAGAUUUCCAUCAAUCAUGCCAAAAAUACAGCACAGAGCUAAAUUAAACUGUGACAACAAAGAUUCGAGUGACUACAUCAACGCUGUUCUAGUCCCGAGUUUUAAACAAAAUACCAAUCAAAUUAUCACCCAACUACCCAUGGCUGAAACUGUUGUAGACUUUUGGAGACUGGUUACCCAAUACAAAGUCUCAGUUAUUGUCACAUUUGAGUUGGAUUACAGUGAUAAGUCUGUAGGUAGAUAUCUACCAACAGUAACAACAGAAACUCUCAGUUCCCCACCAUUUGAAGUUGGUGUCAUAUCAGUAAAAGAAGAAAAAGAUUGGAAUGAAAAACAAUUACAAAUGAAAACUUUGUCCUCGUCAUCUCAAAAGGCAGAAAGUUUAAAUGCUACACAUCUUACACUCAGCGAUAAAAGUUAUCAUCCAGAGAUAAUGUUGCAGUUUAUUAACCGUGUAAGAAAUUUGAACCAGCCCAAUGAUGGUACAUUGUUGUACAUGUGCAAAAACGGAGCGACGUUUAGUGGAUUAGCCUGCAUAUUAACUUUACUAUUGGAUCGUAUGGAUCAUGACGGCAUGGUUACAGUUCCACUGGUUGUUGGUGCCAUCAAGUCUAUAAGACCUCAAGUCAUCUCAACACUGGACCAAUACAAAACAGUGUACCAGAUUUUGGAACUGUAUAGCAAAGAUCUCUAUGAUGCUGAACUCCUAAAUAAGAAUAAAACAACAGAACAUGAACCUGAUCAUUCUGUUUAUGCCAACAGCUUGCCUGAUAAAGGAAAUAAUAAAUUAGUGUUGGAUGUUUUGUAAAAAAAUACAAAUCUGAAAUUGUUUUAGCUAUCUUUUAUGAAAGUUAAAAUAUACAAUACAUUAAAACAGUGGUAUAAAAGUUUUAGUUGUACAUAUCAAAUUUAGAAGGGAAUCAAAUAGUUAUAUUAUAUUUAAAAGAUUUUUAAAAAACCUUUUGUAUUUUAAAAUGUCAUGCAUUAUAAUGAAUACAUUAUAGUUGAAAUUAUUUCCUAUAAUAAAACAUAGUGAGAAAUCUCGACUGUAACAGAACACAAAUGAUACAAAACUUAACAAUUUACCAACUAGACAUCAACUAUAUUUUUUAGCUAAAUUAAGUGUUAAUAAGACUUUUUACAAUCAAUAAAAUACUUAGUGUACUUAGUGACUACAUUGUGAUAACCAAAUAGAUUUUAUGCUUUUCAAAUAGUGGUUUUAAUAUUAGGGACUAGACUGUAACACAUUGAUAGAUCAGCUUUCCUGUAAAUUAUAGUUCUAUUGGCACUUGCUCCUGUUAUUUAUUUCCAACAUCAUAUAUUUACAUUUAUUGUAUGCACACGUUUUUAAAGUAUUUAAUAUUUCAUAUUUUCAAUUGUAUAUCGCUAAAAAUUGCAAGACCCUUUUGUUACUGGUUUUUAAAGAAAUAUAUUUUAGAUUGACUGUCACGAGCUCUCUGGUAGAAUAGUUUAAAUCUAUGAUUCAUUGCAAUAUUUAGAACAGAGAUUUAAUAGUUUGUGUAAGAUAAAUAAAAUAGUAUGCAAUAGUCCUA